AUGAUAAUAAAUAAAAAUCACACUCCAAGUCGAUUAACAAUCUGUGAUGAUGCCGCAAAAGAAUGGAAAAACAUUAAAAAGAUAAAAAAACCUGAAAUCAAUAAUAUUAUAAAAAAAUACUUAGCAACAUCUCUUAAAAAUACACCUCCACAGAUCCCACAAACAUUGGAUAUAGAAGAAAUUCGAAGUAAUAUGUCGGCUCAAAAACAGGCAGCUAAUUUUAAAGUAGCUGUAGAAAAAAAAAAUCAAAGAAUUGGAAGCUGUGUAUAA